AUGGCCUUUGUCCAUCGCUCGGUGUUGCGUGUGACCAAUGUCGCCCCGUAUCUCCGUGCUGUGCCUGUUGCUCGACGGACGACACAGCUUCUUGGUCGGCGAUUCUAUGCCAGUGGAAAGGGAUAUGAGGAGCACAAAAGCAGUGAUUUACCGUGGCUUCUCGGGUCAUUGGCAGUGACAGGGCCGAUGGUUUUUUAUCUGCUUCCAUCCACCUCGUCCAAACCACAUGGCGAUUCUCACGACGACGAACACGCUGCUGAGCACAAGAGCGCCAUCGACGAAGAGCAAGACGCCUCUCAAGCCGAGCAGGAAACAGCCCGGCCCGCAGAUCCCGUGGCUGGUGAGGAAAAGCCGACUGCUGAAGCACUGGAAAAGCCAAAGGAGGACAAUAAGGAAUCUCAAGCCUCUGAGCAGAAGCAAGACGAGAAGCAUGCAGAGAAAUCAAACCCUGAGCAGGAGGUAGGAAAUGAGCAGCCGAAGAAUGUGGCAUCUCAGGACUCCGUCAGUGAGGUCAGUCACUUUGAUACCAAGGCUGCAGAGCCCGAGAAAAACGAGAAGUCCGAGAAAAAUGAGAAGCCCGGGAAAACCGAGAAGCUCGAGACGGAGAGUGACGAUACUGCGGACAAGGGGAAUUCCUCGUCUGAAUCGACCCAAGAAUAG